AACGAUCACUUCCGUGUUUCUAGCGUGUUCUUUCUACCUGGAAUUGCUUCCUCCUGCCUUUCCUGUUUCGGCCUCGAUAGAAGACAUACCGGGGUAUAAAAUCCAGAUUUGUAAUCUUCAUGAAUCCUUGUUCAUUUUAGCAAAUCAAUGGCACCACGCAAGGGUAAAGAAAAGAAGGAAGAGCAGGUGAUCAGCCUGGGACCUCAGGUCGCUGAAGGCGAGAACGUCUUUGGAGUCUGCCACAUCUUCGCCUCCUUCAACGACACCUUUGUUCAUGUCACUGAUCUCUCCGGCAAAGAAACAAUCUGCCGUGUGACCGGCGGGAUGAAGGUGAAGGCCGACAGAGACGAGUCCUCUCCCUACGCUGCCAUGUUGGCUGCUCAGGAUGUAGCUCAGAGGUGCAAGGAGCUGGGCAUCACCGCCCUGCACAUCAAACUGAGGGCCACCGGCGGGAACAGAACUAAGACCCCAGGACCAGGUGCUCAGUCUGCUCUCAGGGCUCUGGCUCGUUCCGGCAUGAAGAUCGGCCGCAUUGAGGACGUCACCCCAAUUCCAUCAGACAGCACCCGCAGAAAGGGAGGUCGCCGUGGGCGUCGUCUGUAAACCAUUAUGGAUUUUUUUCCAAAUAAAAAGUCAAAUAGU